ACAAUAACUUACUGACGAUGGACAACAUUCAACGUUUUUCUGUGUAUACCAUACUAUAGUUUAUCUUGGAAAACAAACAAAUAGGGAGUGAAUGGCACACUCAGCCGCUGCUUCAAGGAACCUGUUUUAGAGUUGUGGUGGCACCACGAAUUUCCUCUAUUCUCGCUCAACGAAUCACUCAUCCAAUCCCUAUACAGUGUUUUGCCGCGUUCAAGCUUUGAUUGGCGAAGCUUGUAUACUAAUCUACUGGAGAACAACUAAUCUUGACUGGCAUUUUGGUGAUUGUGGAUUCGUCCUAUCAAGUCAGAACCUCUCCCAGGAUUAGCGUAAAAUAGCAGAAUAAACUCCAAGGAAAUAAAGAACGCGCACUUGAAUGUCUUCGUCUGCCCAAACGCGCUUCGCACAGGGAUACAGAAUCGCGGAGAUUAUUGCGAGGGCGAGAACUGAUUACAACAACAGACGUAACGUCUUCAAGAACUCUGACUACGAACCCGUCUUCACAUCGAGCCCUGCCAGUACUCGAUAACCAACCGAGGAAUCAAGCCUACGAUCAGAAAGGAAAUUACAGAGGAUGUAUUUGGCACUCACAUCCGCCGGCUAGUACUCGAGGUGUGUUGACGACUAAGAGCGGGUUAUUUGCUAUGUACAGAGCACAGGAAAACAACUACGAAAGCAUCACAUCACGACGAGACGGCGAAGGGUCUGCAAGAGAGGAACUGCGACUGGUACUCGACGAGUCCACAAGUAGCGCAAGGGAGCACGAGCUCGUUCGUCCUAAAUACAGUCUCUCCUUGGACAAGAAUAUGAAUAUCAACCACAAAUAUCUCGGAGUUGAGAGAGGGGCUGGGUUCAAUUACGAGUACGGAGGACACAACCACCCAAACGGACUACCUUCAAGUGACGGAGGUGCUAAUUUCAUAGCGUGCAACACGCAAGUCGAGCAAAACGAUUUCGGCAACAAAAUGAUGAGACAGAUACCACAAGACCUGAACACAAACUACAUACACCCUGGCAUUCAUAGCUGUUCACCAAAUGUCAGAACAGACCCUAUCACUGAGCUGUCGCAGUUAGCAGAGAAAGUAAACUUCACCCGGGACCCGCUCGCAGACUUCACUGGUGACACGCGGUCUGCCGUUAGCUCGCGCUCAAGUCUUGGCGAAUUAGAGCCAAACGCAGUACUUCCCCGCGUAAAUGGGCACAAUUCUAGGAACCCUAUGGUCGAGGCUACAGAUAAAUGUUAUUCUGUGGCUGGAAAUGUCAACCAGGAGGGAUUUAUUGGGAGUUCUUAUGACACCAGUGGCACAUCCCUGCACGAUGCUCCGGCAUUCCAUAGUGGCUCCAGUCUGACUGACUUCGACCAGUCUAGACAGAGCGCGCGCCAUUCACAGCUCAGUAUACCAAAGGGCCCUUAUUCAACGCUAAACCAAGAACACCGUCAGAAUCGCAACGACUACUACUCAUACAACUACCAGCGAGCGAGCAGCGAGUCGCGGUCUUUUGAUUAUUACCAGACCCUGAGUAAGGACAAGUCAAUAACUCCGAAUGUCACCGUCUUCAACACCGACCGACAGAGAAAAUCUGAGAUAUUUUGUGCGCCGGUGAAAUCUAAAUCGGAGCAGAUUCUAAAGGAAACUUUAUCGACUUUCGAGGCGAUCUUGCGUCCAAGUGAUGGGGAGAGCGAAGGGAGGCUACAACUAGGCUCAAAACGAACGGAUUCGACAGAGAACAAGAAAGAGAAACGACUUGAGUUCAAUGGAAAGAGGUCAACGCGUGAACCUGACGAUGGGAUUUGCUCUUGCCGAUGGCUCGGCUGUGAUGCGGUUUAUUCCGAACAAGAUGACCUGGUGCGGCACAUCGAAAAAGUGCACAUUGACCAGCGAAAGGCGGACGAUUUAUAUAUUUGCUAUUGGCAGGACUGCAGUCGCCAGACCAAGCCGUUCAAUGCGCGCUACAAAUUGGUUAUCCAUAUGCGAGUUCACUCCGGCGAGAAACCGAAUAAGUGCACGCACCCUGGCUGCAACAAGGCAUUUUCAAGACUAGAAAAUCUGAAAAUUCACAUGCGCUCUCACACUGGAGAGAAGCCGUAUCUAUGCCAGUUCCCGGGAUGCCCCAAAGCAUUCUCAAACUCUUCUGAUCGGGCCAAACACCAGAGAACACACUUAGAUACGAAGCCGUAUGCCUGCCAAGUACCCGGAUGUCCCAAGAGAUACACUGAUCCUAGUUCCCUGAGAAAACACUUCAAACAACAUGCAAGUGGGAAAAUGUCUUCACACAAUACAAAUGGAAAGGGUAAGCAAAAGGGCAGAGGAUCACGGGCGUCAAAAAGAAUGCUACUUGGUGAGGGGGUGACACGCCUAGUUGACCUGGGGGUUCUUGAUGAGCAUGAGAAAAGGCAAAGAACUUUUGAUGCACAUCGGAAAAGCACAGAAAUGCGAAUGAAUAUGAUGGAAAACAAUUAUCAGAUGGGAGUUGAAAUGCAAAACUCCUGGGAUAUGCCAGACAGUGUGUAUCCAUUCACCCCACCGAAUGUCCAGCCAGUUGCUAGGGCAACAACCCCUACUAUGGAAGAACCUCAGCAGCCUUACUAUACCAAGGUGUUAAGUACUAUGGAAAUACCAACCUUUGAGGACACUUUGAAGCCUCUGUCACAGUCAUUCCAAAAAGACCUUGGUAAUAGAAUAGGGUAUUUGUAAAUAGAAGACAAAUUUGGAUGUUAAUAUGUAGAUAUGUGAUUUUUUAACCCCAAAUCUAGAGUAUUCAUUCAUAGAAUAGAGAAGCAUCAACUCCACACAUGCAUCUACAUUAUUUUGAAGGGAAAAUAAGGAUUGAAUUUCAAAUUAAAAGACAGGGGUUUUGAUGCUAUAUUUUUUAAACAAAUGUUUGGCAAAGGUAGCAUGAAAAGUGAAUUCGGGUCAAAUGUGGUCCUAUUUUGCUCCUGAAUAUCCUUUUGACAAUGUCAAAAUUUAAUAUAUUGGCUGACAAGGAAUACUUGACUUUUUUCUUUAAUUGAAAAUAUUGUUCUAAGUGUGAAAGUGACCUACUUAUAGCUAACCAUAUUAAAUAUGCUUUAUUUGCAAGAGUGAUUUUAUGUUCUAAAUCAGAAUAUAACUUAUCACUAUUAUUUUCAAAGCAAUACCCUUCCAUUGGGCAAGGCUGCUACUUAUCUAGUAUAAUCUAGAACAUACAAGCAAAGGUCACUAGUUAAGAGGUUUCAGACCUAAAGUUAGGUGAGCUUUGUCCGGGUGCUCUUGUCCUUUCAGUAUAUAGUUUCUCCAUAAGCUGCUGGCUGACUAUAUUGAAAAUUGAUCUGUACAAUCAUUUUACUGAUAGUGAAAAUGAAAAUUCAUAAUAAAAAGAUAUCAAUGCUGAA